UAGGCACUGCGAACGAGAGCAUGGACUGCGUUGGUGUGACCGCCUUAAGGGAGUCACUAAAAGGGCCACAUCCGCCCGUUUACUCUUUGACAAACGGACAAUAAGAUAAUAAAACACGAUCGUUCGACGCCUCUUCGUGUUGGACUCUGACCUCCACUGAUUUGUGAGACCACCAAAGCACGAAAAUCAUACCAAUAGACAAGGUAUAUAUCGAGCAUCAACACACUCACCAUGAAAUACACCUUAAUAGCCAGCGCACUGCUGGCGGCUGCCGGUACAGUCGCAGCAGACUGCACAGAAGAUGACGGCAACUACUACUGCAGCCAAGUGGACGCCAUCUCAUAUACCAACUUUGGUACUGCUGGUCAGUAUCAGGAAGUCACAUAUAUGGGCGACUCGGGCCAGUGUGACUUCUCGACGGUCGACUACUCGGGCGGCAUGGCGCCAUUUGACUCGGAGGUAUCAUGGCACUUUCGAGGCCCGUUUAGACUGAAGCAAUUUGCCUUCUACACGUUGGAUUCGAGUUCGUCAAAAUCGAAGCGCUCACAACACCCCCCUCCACACGUCGGAAGAUAUGCGCACCAAAGUCUUCAUCGUCAACAAAAGAAAGCUCAAAGUGCUCAAGCUGAGCCGGCAACUAUCGUCGAGAAACGCGCUCAAAGUGCUCAAGCGGAGCCGGCAACUAUUGUCGAGAAACGCGGAGUGGACUGGACCGAUGCUACCAUCGAUGGAAAAGCUGUCAGCUGGACGACCCAGUGGAACGGUCAAGAUGAGACGAUGACGGAGACCACAACUACUGUGGUUUGGGUGACAGCGACGGUUGAUGGAAAAGUUGUCUCCUAUACCAGCAGCUAUGAUGGCACAACAGCAACCUCAUUCCAGACCGUUGUUUCGAGCUCUCAAGCUGCAUCCGCUGUUGCUGCAACUGCGACCAGUUCAUCAUCUGAGGCUCAAGCAGCCACAUCGGCCGUCGCAGCAACUUCAGCCAGCUCAUCUGUCGAGACCGAGACUGUAGCGGCUUCGUCCACGACCAGUACUACGUUUGCAACUGUGACUUUGACGUCUUCGUCUCUGGUUGAUUCCACGACAACAGAGACUUCUUCAGUUGCUGCAUCCACCGAAGCUUCGUCCUCAGCGGCGGCCGCGACAGCCACGGUCUCCUCGUCGAGUGCUGCCUCAUCCGAAGCCACCUCGAGUGGCUCUUCAGCAGGUUCCUCGUCGAGUGCAUCCUCAACCGAAGCUGCCACAGCUGCAACAACAGCCGAGACCUCCUCGAGUGCGUCCCCAAUCGAAGCUUCCUCGACUGCAACAACAGCCAGCUCUUCCUCAACUGCCUCUUCAGCAGCCACCACCAGCAGUGCUGGUUCUGGGUCAUGGAGUCGCCAAGCAUACUACGACGCCGAAGCAGGUACGGCAACCGGACUUGUCUUCCUCAACCACGAUGGAGGAGAAGGUUCGGGCGUUUUUGAUGAUACAUGGGGCAACUCGCUCUCCUAUGCUUCCUCGGACAACAGCGAAGGUGUUUCUAGCCCAACCACACUCGCAGAUGUCCUGGUGGGCGAUGAUAGCGAAUUCGUCAUCAUGACCGACGCGAGCUGUGAUGACGGGACAUGCGGGUACUACAGGAACGGCACUGUUGCUUACCACGGGUUUGACGGCGCAUCCAAGCUCUUCCUACUUGAGUUCGAGAUGCCUCUCUCCGGCAAGACUGGGUUCAACGCCGACAUGCCUGCCGUCUGGAUGCUCAACGCUCUGAUCCCACGCACCGAACAAUACGGCAACUGUUCUUGCUGGGAAUCCGGGUGCGGCGAAUUCGACAUCUUCGAGGUCUUGGACUCUGGCGAUGAGAAGGCCAAGUCAACAUGGCACGGUGUCGACUCCCUGGGCGACUCGGAUUACUUUGCACGACCGACCAGUGGGACGAUGAAGGCUGCGGUCUGGCUUGACGGGAGUACCGGUACCGCACACAUCAUCGUUCUGGAUGAUAGUACGACCUUCGACAGCAGCAUCACCGAAUCUACCGUUGAAGGAUACCUGAGCUCGGUAUCUUCGAGCGAGAGCAUUACGACGGCUUUGCCUGGCUGAUCUUCUUCAGCUUGAUUUGGUACAGCAAGGCGUUAUGUGGGCAUUCUUUUCGUCUUGGAGUUGGAAGGGGGCAUGGUUGCAAGGAAACUCACGUUGAAUGAUUGAUGACGACGAAAAUAAUGCUUGAAGAUAAUGAUUGUUUCUCUUCGUCGAUAGAUACCCAGGUAAAUCAGAGGUGGAGCAAACCGGGCUUGAUAGACGAUAAUGUGACAGUUCUAACUUCUGA